CGCCCCUGUGGAGAAAAGGUUCGUUUAGGUUUCUGAUAUUUCAUUGGGAAUGUUUUCCCUGAUUAGAUCAAAAUCGUUUACACAUGAGACACGCAGUUUUAAUUCUUAGCCUUUCAUUGGGGCUUUUUUCACUGAUUUUGGUGUUUGAUUUCUUACUGGGUAAGAUGAAUAAGUUCUCCCUGAUCUUGAUAAUUACAACAAUCACACGUCUGAUUCUAUUAGUCCAUGAAGAUCAUUGUGGCUAUUUUCCCUGAUUUUCGUUUUUGAUUUCUUACCAGGGAUGAUGAAUAGGUUGUCCCUGAUUUUGAUGUUUACAACAAUCACAGAUUUACGUUAUGGCUACCACAGUGCUUUCCUCCGCUGCCUUUGACGUUCAGGCUCCGGGAAUCCUAACACUGAAAGACUUUCAACAAAAAAAUGGAACCGGACCAUGGAUGGCCCGAGUUCGCAUUGUUCGGAUGUGGCAUGAAUCAGACUUCAUGAAAACCAAUGAUGUUACCAGCCUUGAUUUCCUCCUGCUGGAUGACGCCGGUGACCUGCUGCACGCAAUUGUUCAGGAGAAAUUCAUUUGGAAGUUUGAACCCCUGGUAGAAAAGGGGAUGAUGUUGUGUCUUAACAAUUUGACAUUUACCCCAGAAAAAAAAUGUUCCGCCCUUCCCAGAAUGACUACCGCGCUCACUUUAACAAUUUGAAGCCUCCAGUGCGUCGAUUCCUCGCCACAAGUUCCAUUUCACUGAGCUUGAGAACCUUGCAGCUGCUAGCACCAACACUUACCUUACUGAUGUUGUUGGUGUGCUGAUCAGUCACACAAACUUGUAGCAGUUUAAGCGAAAUUCUGGCAACGCCAGUUUCAUGCGUGAGCUAACACUGGAAAACUUAAGAAACACUGGUAUGAGGAUUAAGGUCACACUAUGGGGUGAUUCCAUUUCUGAGCUUACCAGGAACCUUGAAGCGCAUGUACUUAAUCCGCGUCCUGUUGUAGCUGUUGUUGCUGGUGUCUAUGUCAAGCAAUAUUUUGGAAAGGCGUCGCUCUCUUCAACCAAUGCGACAAAAAUUUACUUUGACCUCGAUAUUCCAGAAGUCUUACAUAUUAGAGAAAGGUCUUCCCACCGAACACCGCCGCAUGAAAUCACAAUCCCGGUGAGAGUUAGUUACAAUCAGGCAGCUAAAUCCAUUGGCGACACUACCAUGUCAAUUUCCCAAUUGCUGGAAGCAAAGUGGGAAUCUGGAUACAAUAUGCUAAACAGAAAAGUCUGUCGUGCCAAGGAUUUUGGUAUUUCCACUGAGAAAGGCUGGUAUUACCUGGGCUGCAACAACUGCACAACUAAGUUGGUUGGAAACACAAGGGACCAUUGGUGCCCUAGCUGCAAGGUCCAAGUAUACGAACCGGUUCCCAGAUACCUUCUAAGAUUGGAAGUCGAAGAUUCAUCGGGCACCGCAUUUUUUGUUGCCAUGGACAGCGAAGUCCAAAAAAUUGUCCAGCUACCAGCUUUGGAUGCUGUUGCUAAGGGAGAGUUUACGCACAAAACAAUGUGCAAAGCAACAGCCACUCAAAUGAUAAAGAGUUGGUACUACUUAAGUUGCACCAAUUGCAAUCACGGGGUGAUGGAUUGUUACGGUGAACUUUGGUGCUCUUAAGUGUCAGAUCCAGGUUGAUAUACCAACACCAAGGCGUUUCAUUCUGUGCCCAUUAAUUGUCCUGGCAUUGAAAGAAUGAAAAUCUGUGGCCUAUAUAAGUCACCAGAUUUUCAGAGGCAAAGCACGCUCAAUCACCACAUCAUCCCUCUUUUGAAAUUCUCUGCUGCAGUGAUUCCAGCUUUUGAAAAUCAUGUAGAUUUACGUAAUGGCUACCACAGUGCUUCCCACCGCUGCCUCUGCCGUUCAAGCUCCGGGAAUCCUAACACUGAAAAUCUUUCAACAAAGAAAUGGAAUCGGACCAUAGAUGGCCCGAGUUCUCAUUGUCCGGAUGUAGCAUGAAACAGACUUCAUGAAAACCAAUGAUGUUACCAGCCUUGAUUUUCUCCUGCUGGAUGACACCAUAAGUAGCAAACUGAAUAUGAUUUCAUCCUGCUGUUGUGCUUAUUUUCUUAGAUAUGAGCACUUCAUGGUAUAUUAUAACACUUCAUAAUAUAUUCAUCCAUAGGGAAAUUGGUUACCAGUUAAACUGAGUCCAGCAAUGUAUAUUUAUUGGUACCUAGAAAUGCUAUAAAUAGAGAGCUAGAGGGCAAGUAAUCAGUGAGGGACACUCAGAGCUUGUAGUGAGAAAAGAGAGCUUGCUAGUGAUUCACAUCCCUUGUAACCUUGAAAUUGAGUAAUAAGAUCAUUCUUUCACCCCGUGGACGUAGGUAAUCAUAUUGAACCACGUA